UCAUAUAUUUGUUUUCUCCUCCUCCUCAUCUUCUUAGGGUUUUUAAGUCUUUGUUAUCGAUGAGGAAGCCGGAACAUAAUAAUACAACGAUGAAGGAGAAGGAGAAAGUGAAUAAAUUAGGGAAAUUAAGAAAAGGCUUAUGGUCACCAGAAGAAGAUGAGAAAUUGAUGAGUUACAUGUUAACAAAUGGUCAAGGAUGUUGGAGUGACAUUGCUAGAAAUGCUGGAUUACAAAGAUGUGGUAAGAGUUGUCGUCUUCGAUGGAUUAAUUACUUGAGGCCUGACCUUAAACGCGGCGCCUUUUCUCUUCAAGAAGAAGAACUCAUUGUUCAUUUGCAUUCUAUUCUGGGAAAUAGGUGGUCACAAAUUGCGGCUCGUCUUCCUGGGAGGACAGAUAAUGAAAUCAAGAAUUUCUGGAAUUCCACGAUAAAAAAAAGACUGAAAAACAACAACAACAACAGUAACAACAGCACGCCAUCGCCUAACACGAGUGAUUCUUCGAUGGGAGGAAUAUUUCCAAUGCAAGGGCACGAUGUAAAUGUUAUGGCAGCGUUAUGCAUGGAUAAUUCAUCGUCUACUACUUCAGGAUCAUCCAUGCAAGCCAUGGUACCUAGAAACCAUUUCAACCCUUUCCCUCAGCUUGAUAACACAAGCUACGAUAUAUCUGGAUUAGUCGAGCCAGUGAAUUUAGGUCAAUUUGGUUGUAGCGGAGGUGAUGGUGGAUUUUUGGACUAUGGAGUUGUGGAAACUUAUAGUAUGAUGGGGUUAGGAAGUGAUGAAUUUUCAAUACCUUCUUUAGAGGGUGUUAAUAAUAAGAGUACUACUACUAUGGGGGAGAAUAAUAAUAGUAAUGUUGAUUUUAAUAGUAAUAAUAUUGUUAGUGGUGCUAAUGACUAUGAUUCCAUAAUUGAGAAGAAAAUUACAAAUGGUAACAACAACAACAACAACCAACACUUGAUGAAUAUGAGUGGAAGUAGUGAUCAAAGCUUAAAGGUUGAAGACUAUAUGGUUGGUUUUGGGAAUCAUCAUCAUUGGCAUGGAGAAAGCUUAAGAAUUGGAGAAUUUGAUUGGGAAGGUUUGUUGGCAAAUGUUUCCUCUUUACCUUACCUUGAUUUUCAAGUUGAAUAACUAUUCUCUCCAACCCUUUCAACCCCACACAUACCCCCACAAAAAUGACACAAAUACCCUUCUUCCCAAUAUUUCUUUCUUUUUUUGAUAAUCGUACGUUUAAACUCAGAAGACCAGUAAUGAAGCAAGAUUCGAAAUUCAGUGAAUAAUAGGUCUGUCGAAACUUUUAUCUUCCUUCCCAUAUCUUCUUCUUCUUCUUCCUUCAAUUCAUUAUACAUAAAUUGUCCCCCUCCUCAAUUCUCCACAACUUCAUCUUAGAGAAAAUUUUGAGAUAUACUUCUUUUCUUUAUUUGCAAUUAUCUAAUACUUCCACUAGAUUUUCUUUUUGUUUACCAUUUCCUUUUUUUUUCUUUGAAUCGUACAUUGAGGAAUAUUAUGGGGAUUCUAGGGGAGAAAUAACAAUCUUUCUCAUCAAGAAUUGAGCAAAGUGUGAAUAGAAAAAUGAGCAAAGUACAGAUCGAUCAUAUAGAAGAUUAUGAAGAGAAAGUAAAUAAAAAGGUCAAAAUUGUUGAUUUGUAAGCAGUAUUUGUGUACAGAUGUGGAUCAAUUUAAUCAAUCAAUAAUCUUUUGAAUUUUAGUCAGUUACAUGUUUCUCAGAAAUAUAGAUAGAGAAAAUUGUUGUACGUACUUUGUAUUUACAAAGGAAUAAGAA